AUGUGGACAACUAUAGUCUUAGCUGUUUGGGGUAUCUACAAUGCUAUCUCAUUUUUCUUCUUAAUGAAUCCUGAUCUACUUCAUAAACACAAGGACAGAUUACUUAUGCCUACUCCAACUCACCAUGGCAAGUAUAUCCAUGCACAUAAAGGAGGCGGUGACGAAAGACCAGAGAAUUCAGUCCAAGCCUACACUCAUGCAAAAUCAUUAGGAAUUACAAUGUUGGAUACUGAUGUAAGACUUGCUUAGGAUAAUGUUUUAAUUACUAUCCAUGACGAUAAUUUCAUGAGAACAGCUGGAGUUAGUGAUUUAGUUGUUAAUACUCCCUCAACUAGCAUGCCGCUAAUGAAAGAUAAAGUUGGUGGCUACGAUUUGCAACCAUCUGAUUCAAGAGCCCACACAACUUUAGAAUAGCUAUUUUAGGCAAUAUCAUCUACUGAUGUGCUAUAAAUCGAGCUUAAGGAUAUUGGUAAUUCAGUUUCUAGGACGACCCUUGUUAAUCUAAUCCAAACUUACAACAGAGAAAGUACUACUAUUGUUGGAGGUUCUAGUUCAGCUUUAAAUGCCUAAUUCAGAAGUCUAGAUUCAACUAUUCCAAUCUUCAUGCCAUCUGAUAGUGUCUUAAAAUAUUUCAUCUUAUAUAUUACAGGAUUACUACCAUUCUUCCCAAUAGAAGAAGAUGUUGCUUCUCUACCAUAUAUGUAUUAAGAGAGAGUCCACUAUGUACUAAACGAAAAUCCAGGAUGGUAUGGAUAUCUCAACGUUGUAGUUAUAUGGAUUAUGAGUCAUCUUUGCGAUCCAAUGAUAAAGCACUUCAAUAAAAGAGGAAUUUACACUCAUUACUGGACUAUUAAUUAUAGUACUGACUUAAUGAGAGAAGUAUUAAGCACAAGUAUCCAGGGCAUGCUCACAGACAGACUUGUACAAUCUCUCGGAGUGUUAAACAGUAUGUCUUGA